CUUCGAGGAACAAACCUCCCAACGUUGAAUCUAGAAAUAAAAACACUCUGCAUAAUCCUCAGAGACUACUCGAACCCAAAGAUAUCAUCCCACGAUCAACCAAACCAGAGAACCACCAAAAUGACCGACCAACCCUCCACGGCGGACCUCCGCAAAGCCGACUACGAGCGCUUCAAAGACUACGUCGCCUACGGAUUCGUCCUCGGGGCCCCAGUCCUCAUUGCCCUACCGCCCCGCAAACUCGACCACUUCACCGCCCUCCUCACCUUCUCCUUCCUAGCCGGCGUGAACCACACAACCCGCAUUCACACCGGCCGCAGCGCCCUGGAGCACCUGAUGUCGUCUCGCGGCGAGUCCAAACCCGAAGGCAGCAGCAGCGGCGGAGGGGGCUGGGGCAUGCCCACCAAGCGGGCGGAGGAGAUCCAGGCGAAGUUGCGCGCGGCGCGCGAGGCGCAGAUCCAGGCGGAGGAGGCGCGGCUGGCUGCUGCCGGUGCGAAUCGCGCGGCCGCUGAGGAGGAGCUGGAGAAGUUGAGGGCACGGAGGGAGCAGGAGAAGGGCGUUGUGGAGAAGGUGUGGAUGGGUGGGGAGUCCGAGGGGUGGAAGGAGAAGAGGCUGCGCGAGGAGCAGAAGGCGUUGGAUGAGGGGAGGGGGUAUGGUGAUUUGAUCCGUGACCAUAUCUGGGAUGUGUGGACUUGGGGGAAGAAGGAUGAGGGGGAGGGUGAUGAGGAUCAGGAAUGAAAGAAGAACUUCUUUUGUGCUCCUCGAAAGACAAUGAUGGCUGGUGGGAUGUAUAGUAUAUUGCAUGUAUGGGUAUGGCGUUUGGCUUGAGCGUUGUGGACUUUUAUAGGGACUUUCGCAUCUCUUUAUACUUAUGUACUCAAAUUGGAUGGAUCAUGUGUUUAGAGAAGGUCA